AAAGGGAGAGAAUGAGAGAGAAAGAGUGAAAGGGAGAGAAUGAGAGAGGGAAUGUGAAAGGGAGAAAAAAAGUAAUUCUUCUUCAUGUUCACUGUUUUUGUUUCCGUGUGAGCGCCAGCGUCCUCUGUAGACAGAGUGUGGCAGGGUAGCAGUGCUAUAUUAGAGAGGCCCUGCUGUGUGCAGGAUGUUAGGUACAGUUGCUGAGGCCCUGCUGUGUUAGGUACAGUCACUGAGGCACUGCUGUGUUAGGUACAGUCACUGAGGCACUGCUGUGUUAGGUACAGUCACUCAGGCCCUGCUGUGUUAGGUACAGUCACUGAGGCACUGCUGUGUUAGGUACAGUCACUGAGGCACUGCUGUGUUAGGUACAGUCCCUGCCUGUGCAGGAUGUUAGGUACAGUCCCUGCCUGUGCAGGAUGUUAGGUACAGUCCCUGUCUGUGCAGGAUGUUAGGUACAGUCGCCCAGGCCCUGCUGUGUGCAGAAUGUUAGGUACAGUCACUCAGGCCCUGCUGUGUUAGGUACAGUCACUGAGGCACUGCUGUGUUAGGUACAGUUGCUGAGGCCCUGCUGUGUUAGGUACAGUCACUGAGGCACUGCUGUGUUAGGUACAGUUGCUGAGGCCCUGCUGUGUUAGGUACAGUCACUGAGGCCCUGCUGUGUUAGGUACAGUCACUGAGGCACUGCUGUGUUAGGUACAGUCCCUGCCUGUGCAGGAUGUUAGGUACAGUCCCUGCAUGUGCAGGAUGUUAGGUACAGUCCCUGUCUGUGCAGGAUGUUAGGUACAGUCGCCCAGGCCCUGCUGUGUGCAGAAUGUUAGGUACAGUCGCCCAGGCCCUGCUGUGUGCAGAAUGUUAGGUACAGUCACUGAGGCCCUGCUGUGUGCAGAUGUUAGGUACAGUCUCUGCCUGUGCUUACAUAUACAGUAGGUUUAUAUUGAGCCGUAGCUCUGAAGAAAGGAAAGAUUGUUAAAGGGCGUGUGUCUGGAAUAUAGCUCCAUAAAAUGCCUUUGAAAAUGCCCUAUUGAAAAAGUCUUAUCUCUGCCAUAAAACUGAGUUUGACUAUUGUUUUGUGAGCCUAUUCUCAGCCUGUCCCCUCUCACUGUGUGAAGUUCAUACAACUCCCCCCAAACUCUGAGUUAAUCAUUAACCCUUUGUUAUAUAUAUACUCUGAUUUUUAUCUUGCUCACACUCUUAAUACAGUACAGUAGAAUUGCUAAUUAUCUGCUGAAAGGUGGUCUACCUCUUUUUACGGGUACCUGUGCUGUCUCUGAUAUUCUGUGUUUCUGGUCCCUGUGCUGUCUCUGAUAUCCUGUGUUUUUGGUGCCUGUGCCGUUGGAGUAAGUGAAUCAUGGUGGUGGAGGUUUUUAAGUGCCUGUGGAGGUAUCGGAAUUACCUCAUCAUCUUCCUCACUCCCCUGCUCAUCCUGCCCCUGCCACUGGCCAUCCAAACUUCGCAGGCGAACUGUGGCUUUGUGAUCAUCCUGAUGGCUCUGUACUGGUGUACAGAGUGUAUCCCUCUGGCUGUGACUGCCCUGCUGCCCGUCAUCCUCUUCCCCAUGAUGCAGAUCAUGGAGUCCGGAGAGGUGUGUGUGCAGUACCUGAAGGACUCCAACAUGCUGUUCAUCGGCGGGCUGCUGGUGGCCAUCGCGGUGGAGCACUGGAACCUGCACAAGCGCAUCGCCCUGCGAGUGCUGCUCAUCGUGGGAGUGAAGCCUGCGCUGCUGAUGAUGGGGUUCAUGAUCACCACCGCCUUCCUCUCCAUGUGGAUCAGCAACACGGCCUCCACCGCCAUGAUGCUGCCCAUCGCCCAGGCCGUGCUGGACCAGCUGGCCCGCACCGAGGAGGCCCAGGAGCUGGAGCGCCCGGUGGGCGCUGGCGCGGACAACGAGGGCUUCCAGAUGGGCGACGUCAAGGACAGCCCCACCAAGGAACCCGUGGGCGACGAGGAGUGGAGCAGCAGUGUGGUGGAGCAGCGGAGGCUGAGGCUGGCGCAGAAGUACCUGAAUCUGUCCAAGGGGAUGAGUCUGAGCGUGUGCUACGCUGCCAGCAUCGGGGGCACCGCCACCCUCACCGGCACCACCCCAAACCUCAUCCUGAAGGGCCAGGUGGAUGAAAUUUACCCAGAUAACGGAGGUAUAAUAAACUUCGCCAGCUGGUUUGGGUUCUCCUUCCCGAAUAUGCUGCUGAUGUUAGUCCUCUCCUGGUUCUGGCUGCAGUUCAUGUAUCUGGGACUGAACUUUAAGCAGACAUUUGGCUGCGGGUCGAAGGACAAAGGGGACAAGGAGGCGUACCAGGUGAUGAAGAACGAGUACAAGCGCCUCGGAGACAUCAGCUACGCCGAAGGCUCCGUCCUCGUCAUCUUCGUCCUGCUGGUGGUCCUGUGGUUCACCCGGGAGCCGGGAUUCAUGCCGGGCUGGGCCACCGUGCUGUUCAACCAGGAGAAGACGUACGUGACGGACGGCACGGUGGCCAUCUUGAUGUCCACUCUGUUCUUCCUGCUUCCGGCGCAACUGCCGAGCUGUUUCAGCAGAGAUGCUGAGGGUUCCAGGAAGGCCCCGCCUACCCUGCUGGACUGGGACGUAGUCCAUGAGAAGAUGCCCUGGAACAUCAUCCUGCUGCUGGGCGGGGGCUUCGCCCUGGCCCGGGGCAGUGAGACGUCCGGGCUCUCUGAGUGGUUGGGGAACAGUCUGGCUCCGCUGAAGAGCAUCCCCCCAUUCGCCAUCUCUCUGCUGCUCUGCCUGCUGGUGGGAACCUUCACCGAGUGCUCCAGCAACACCGCCACCACCACCCUGUUCCUGCCUAUCCUCGCCUCUAUGGCCACUGCCAUCAAGCUCCACCCUCUCUACGUCAUGCUGCCCUGCACCAUCUGCGCCUCGCUGGCCUUCAUGCUUCCCGUGGCCACGCCGCCCAACGCCAUCGCCUUCUCCUACGGAAACCUCAAGGUCAUGGACAUGGCCAAGGCUGGCUUCAUGCUCAACAUCAUCGGUGUCCUGACCAUCAACUUUGCCCUGAACACCUGGGGAACCGCCAUGUUUCAGCUGGACACUUUCCCUGACUGGGCCAACGCCACAAAAAAACCCCUAAUAUAGGAGAGAGAGAGAGAGAGAGAGAGAGAGAGAGAGAGAGAGAGAGAGAGAGAG